UAACUUCGACCAAUUUUUGAUUAAUCAUCUUUUUGGUUCACUAGAAGAUACACAAAAGAAGACACGGCAGAGUAAGAAGAAAGAGUGUUCCUGAAACGUUUCUUUCUUUUCACGCUCAAAUCCUGAAGCCCCAACAAACCCUAACCUGAGUCCGAUUCCAGUAUAAACCCUAAACCCCCAAAUUCGUUGGUCAUGGCUUCAUCUUCGAGUAGCGGAUUGACGUUCAAGCUGCAUCCUCUAGUAAUAGUAAACAUCUCCGACCAUUACACGAGGGUCAAGUCUCAGAUGAACCCAACCCUCGCACCACAGCACACCAACAACGCCGCGGCACCCAACGGCGGCGAUGGCGUCGUUUCGCCCCUCCCUCCCCGGGUCUAUGGAUGUGUCAUAGGAGUGCAGAAGGGCCGCACCGUGGAGAUCUUCAACAGCUUCGAACUCCUCUACGAUCCUUCCACUCAUUCCCUCGAUCGCACCUUCCUCGAGAAGAAGCAAGAACUCUAUAAGAAGGUGUUCCCACACUUCUACAUACUGGGAUGGUAUUCGACUGGGAGUGAUGCGGAGGAAUCAGACAUGCAUAUUCACAAAGCUCUGAUGGAUAUCAAUGAAAGUCCAGUUUAUGUUCUUCUCAAUCCUUCUAUCAAUCACUCUCAGAAGGAUCUCCCAGUCAGUAUUUAUGAAAGUGAACUACAUGUCAUAGAUGGGAUUCCACAACUUAUCUUUGUUCUCUCAAGCUAUACUAUUGAGACUGUUGAAGCAGAGCGAAUAUCAGUUGAUCAUGUUGCUCAUCUUAAGCCAUCUGAUGGUGGUUCAGCGGCAACACAACUGGCUGCUCACCUUACUGGUAUACACAGUGCCAUCAAAAUGCUUCAUAGCAGAAUAAAGGUGCUAAAUCACUAUCUUCUUGCAAUGCAAAAAGGGGACGUUCCUUGUGAAAAUUCACUAUUAAGACAAGUGUCAAGUCUCCUGAGACGAUUACCUGCUAUUGAAUCCGGGAAAUUUCAAGAUGAUUUCUUAAUGGAGUACAAUGAUACCUUAUUGAUUAGUUACCUGGCAAUGCUUACCAACUGCUCAAGUGGAAUGAAUGAGCUGGUGGACAAAUUUAAUACCGCUUAUGAUAGGCAUACCAGAAGGGGUGGACGAACUGCUUUUAUGUGAGAGCUACUUGGUUCCUUUUUUCUGGUGGACAUCCUCAGAGCACUUUUCCAACUUUGUAGGCUUAGAUUUUUUUUUUUCAACUCUUUUUACUGGUUAGGCACUUGUUAUUGAAGCUUAGUAUUGCUUUGAUUUAAGAGAAUAGGGAGAAAAGGAAAAAAAGAAGGAAAGUCACCAUAUGAUUGCUCCCUCCAACGUAAAAAAAAAGAAAAGUAUUUGUUUUAGCAUGUUUCUAUGAAAAAUUUGCGAUGCAGGGGGGACAAAGAGUUGUAGGAGAAGAUGUGAAUUUUCAUUGUGAUUCUUUGAUGAGUCACCAUCCUUCAUAUUCGUGCUUUGAGACCAAAUUCUUUUGGAGGAGUACAACUCUUAAAUAGGUCAAGAGGAACAUAUGGUGGAAGAAAUUACAGUCACAGUAUUGAGUCGAUCUGUAGUUAUUUUUGUUGAACAAUUAUAAUCAUUAUUAUACUUAUUAACUGUGAAGUGUUUGUCAGGAGAGUUUCUUGACAUUGGUAUGCACAUAUAAAUGGUUUUAAAAA